UCGUCCCAUCGCCAACCGCCCGUCCUGAUGGCUUGGGCUCUCACUAAUACCCGAGCAAAAGUUCGACAACUAGCAUCACCCCCUUUCUCAUCGAACACGUAGAUAAGCCGCCAGCGCGUUUGAGCGAGCUCGGCUUCGCCCUCACCCCAUCCCCCCGCCCUUCGCAUCUCUCUCGUUCAAAAGAACCCAAACCCAGUUCUUCUCCAGCUGACCUCUUCAUCUCCAUGAAUGGACCACGGUCAGAUCCAAAGGCCAUCGACUGGUCCUCAAGGUCGCGCUCCCCUCCUUGAUCGAUUUGGUCCUCCUCUUCCUAAAGGCCUUUCUUUCCGCGAUGCUCAUAGGAAGAAUGAAACCGCUCUCCCUGCUUCGGCGGCGCUCCUCUCGCAUCUCUGCGUCCAACACGGAACCUCACCCAUCCCUUGUGGAAGCCUAUCACGGCACGCACUUACACCUCGAUCCAAGACUUCUGUCCAUUAAUCCUAUCAAAUCCCCUCCUAUUUCUCCCAGAUUCUCAGAAUCCAUAGCUUCCAAUCGCCCAAACUCGUCAAACUCAUUCCUCUCUUUGCUGCAUUCCUGCACCGAUGUUCUGGCCCUCGGAAAAAUCCACGGCCUGCUAAUCGUCCGUGGACUGACCCAAAACCUCCAAUUACAGACCAAAUUGAUCGGUUCUUAUGGUACUUUUGGGAAACUCGAAUGCGCACGCAUGGUGUUCGAUAGCAUUCCGGACCCGGAUCUUUAUUCGGGGAAGGUGAUGCUGAAAUGGUACAUAAUGAACGAGCGGUAUAUGGAAGCUAUCGGGUUUUACACUUGCAUGAGACAACGUCUCCAAGAACAGGACAACAUCGUCUUCUCUCUUGUAUUGAAGGCCUGCGUCAAAUUGCUCGAUCUCGAUGAGGGGAAGAAGCUACACUGCCACAUAACUAAAGUUGGUAAUCCUGAUUGCUUUGUGCUGAAUGUUCUUAUCGAUAUGUAUGCAAAAUGCGGUGACAUGGAAUGUGCUCGUAGACUAUUUGAUGAGAUUCAAGAAAGAAAUGUGGUUUCUUGGACUUCGAUCAUAGCUGGGUACGUUCAGAAUGAUUAUGCCGAAGAAGGGUUCGUUUUGUUUAAUAAGAUGAGGUGGGCAUGUGUUGAGCCGAAUGAAUACACCAUCGGGAGCUUGCUGACUGCUUGUUCAGCGCUAGAUUCUUUGCAUCAAGGGAAAUGGAUCCAUGGUUAUAUGAUAAAAGAUGGAAUGGGUGUAGAUUCUUUCUUAGGCACCCCACUGUUAAAUAUGUAUGUGAAGUGUGGAGAAGUUACCGAUGCCCGGUCCAUCUUUGAUGAACUCUGCGAUGCGGAUGCUGUCCCAUGGACUGCUAUGAUUGUUGGGUACACACAGAUGGGAUAUCCUGUUGAGGCUUUAAAGUUAUUUUCUGAUGAGAAGUGGACUGGCAUAGUUCCUAAUUCUGUUACCUUAGCAAGCGCUCUUUCUGCUUCUGCACAAUUGAAAGAUUUGAAUUUGGGCAGAGUUCUUCAUAUGCUUGGCAUUAAACUAGGUUUAGAUGAGUAUGCUGCAGUAAUGAAUGCACUUGUUGAUAUGUAUGCAAAAUGCUGUGCUAUUCUUGAAGCUAAUUAUAUAUUUGAAAGGACCUCUCCGAAGGAUGUUGUUACUUGGAAUGCUAUGAUUGCAGGAUACUCUCAGAAUGACUUGGGCUAUGAAGCUUUGAUAUUCUUCAACCAAAUGAGGUCGGAUGGUUGUCUGCCAGAUGCCAUCACAGUGGUAAGUGCUCUCUCAGCUUGUGCUUGUUUGGGAGCUCUAUAUAUUGGCAGUUGCUUCCAUGUUUAUGCCGUCAAGUGUGCUUUUCUAUCUAAUAUUUAUGUUUGCACUGCUCUUCUUAAUUUCUAUAAUAAAUGCGGCGAUGUGAUGUCUGCCCGUAAGGUCUUUGAUGAGAUGAGAGAUAGGAACACUGUCACAUGGUGUGCAAUGAUGGGUGGAUAUGGUAUGCAAGGAGAUUCUAUUGGUUCUAUUGAUCUUCUCAGAAAAAUGCUGAAGGAAGAUUUGCAGCCAAAUGAUGUAACCUUUACGAGCAUUCUAUCAACUUGCAGUCAUACCGGGAUGGUUGACGAAGGACAGAAGUAUUUUGAUACCAUGUCAAAGCAUUACGAUAUUGUCCCCUCAAUGAAACAUUAUGCAUGUAUGGUUGAUAUGCUAGCGCGAUCCGGAAAGGUUGAGGAGGCCUUGGAAUUCAUAGAGAGAAUGCCGAUGCAAGCAGAUAUUAGUGUGUGGGGAGCUUUUCUUCAUGGUUGCAGACUCCAUUCAAGGUUGGAGUUUGGAGAAGUGGCAGUGAAGAAGAUGAUGGAGUUACAACCUGAGACUCCAGAUUACUAUGUUCUGAUGUCCAACUUGUAUGCUUCAGAUGGAAGGUGGGAUGAAGCUUUUAAGAUCAGGGAAGUGAUGAAGGAAAAAGGGUUGAUCAAGUUGCCAGGAUGUAGCUCCAUAGGAAUGGAUAAUGGAUUACAUUCAUUUGCCUUGAAAGAUAUGUUUCACAGACAUGGCAAUACAUCACCAAAUUUUAAAGUUUUUUCUGAACACAUGGUGCAAUGAUGUCACGAUCGGUUUUGACUAUCUGAUGCAUAACCAUCUUCUUCCAAUGCUCCAAUAUAUUUGGAACUGCCAGCCAUGUGCGGGCAGGAUGCAAUGAACCAAGUGCCUCUGAUGAGGUUGCCCAGGAAUCAGAGCAACCGAAAUCGGUAAAACGCAAUCAAUACCAUCAACAGAGGACAGGCUUUUGAUGUUUAGGAGAUUUGUCAUCUGGGAAUGCCUGCUUAUUGAUGAUAACAUUGUGGCAAUCUUUCAGGAAGCGUCAAAGAAGAGAUCAAUUCUUUUCAAAACUAAACCUCAUUUAUUUUGGCUAGUUUGAAGCUUCAAUUUUUUCCUUCACUUUUGUUGAUCAUGGAGACUUGGGAAAAGGGUGAUACGUGCAUGGGUUUGCAGAAAAAUUGGCCGCCCAGCAGAUGCAGAUAUUUCCUAUCAGCUCCUACAGAUGUAAGUAUAAUUUAGGCUCCUCAACAUUGCAAGGAGGACUUCUCAUCAGAUAAUCAGGAAAAAAAUUAAAUCUCAGGGAUGGCACAGUGAUGGUUUUCGUAAAUUUAGCAAUGCAGAUGGGGUCUUGCAUUGCUUCAGCCAUGAGAGAAAAAGGCAGAGAAGCUCAAUCCAGUACACAGUGCUUCCAGAGCUGGGAAUUUUUUUUGCACAAAGGAAGGAAAUUUCUCUCAAAAAUCUAUCAGAAAUUAGGUUAGACGGAGAUAUCACCAUCACCAAUUUAGUUGUAACAACAAAUUCAUAGAGUGAGAUGAUUUAGAUAUAGCCACUGUUGUAUCCAGUUGUGUGGUAGAAUGAGAAUUGACACAGGGGAACAAGUUUGGAAGCACAGUGUCCUGCUGACAUCAAAUUCCUAAAAUGUUGUAUAUUCUAUUUUCUUAACUAAUAUUGCAAAACUCGGUCUCAACGGCAUUAAAGAGCUGUUUCAUAGAAAAUUCUUUUCUAUAAGACCCUGGCUUGAAUUCCCUUCACUUAUGCACUACCGUUGAAGUCUUCUUUUGCAAUCAUAUGGUACAGAACUCGGUCUGCAUAGUUAAAUGCAUGCUUGUUAUGUGAGAUCAGUUCAGCAAGGGUGAAUUUCAUAGUUAUGUUGGUGUGCAUUAUGAAGUUAUGUGGAGCAGAUGAGUAUGACAACCAUCUCAAUAAUUUUACAACGGCAGCUUCCCCGCAUGAACUGGUGCAGAUUAUUCAUAUGGUUGAUCAUGACUUUUAAGUUUCACAGCAGUAUGGCAGUCAUGAUAUUUACAGGGCAAUCUACUAAAGCACUAGUCUCGAUAAUCCCAAGCAAAAAUGUUAGCUUCUUCUUUGUACCAACAUGUAAGUCUCUUUGUAAUCCAAUUUGGCUCUUGUUUUAGAUUCUCGACGUCCGUCUGCCGGAAGACUGCAAAUUUCCAGCAGCAGUGGGUGGAAGGUUUCUCUACUGGUGCCACAUUCAUCCUUUGGAAAUGAAGUAGUUGUUGUUUUA